AUGAGUGUCUGGUACUUUACCAACACGAGUUUCACCAUCUCACCAUUAACCGGCCCAGGGGUGCCAGCUGCAGAGCUUGAGCGAUUGAUGUCGCCGUUUCUGAACAAACUCGAACAGCUUGGCAUCAAAUACAACCUUGUCGUUCGGCAAUUUUCCAGUUUCUUGGAACAGUUUACUGGUAUGCAGCCACCUCUUGAAGUCGGCAUCCUCCAGCUCGGAGGUCGACUGAUUCCACGCUCGGUUGUUAAAGAGAGCAAUGACGCACUCACAUCAGUGUGUCGAUACAUCAAUGAGCAUGGAGGCCAAUUUAUUGGAGUUGGCCUCAACGUCUCUGGGGCAGUAGCGGGCAAUGUGUAUAACUCCGUCAAUCCUGCGUGGAGAGAAACUCUUAUUGACACUGUAAUCACGACGCCAUGGAGCUUCACCGCGCCAUGGGAAGAGAUGAUAGCGAAUCAACGAAGAAUGACCUAUGAUUUCAUCCCGCGGCUUGCGGCGCUCACACCAAAUGGUGCAUGCUACUUGAAUGAAGGCGACUUUCUGCAGCCAGACUUUAAGAAUGUAUUCUAUGGUAAAAACUACGAUCGUUUGCUGUCAAUCAAGGAAAAGUACGAUCCAAACCAUAUAUUCUAUGCCACGACCGCUGUAGGUAGCGACUACUGGGUCCAGCAGGCAGAUGGAAGGCUGUGCAAAGCAGUAGGUGGUCUUCAUUGA